UCUGUGAACGAGUCUAUUUUUAAAACUUACAAGAAAUUGCAGAAAAUAAAGUGCAAAUCGUAAACUGUCGCACUUGCGUUUAGAGCAAUUACAUAACAAAUCUAAACGAUUAUGGCGCUGCCCGAGGGACUGUCCAACAAAAUGAAGGUUUUCCAAGCCGUCAACGAACUGCCAGUUUUCUUGAAAGGUGGACCCGCUGACAAAAUCCUUUUCGGUAUUACUGCUGGACUUUGUGGAGUGGGUAUCAUUAGCUUUGUCCAUUUAGUCUACACCAUGGGCUUCACCAAGAAGAAGGCUUAAAUAAGGAUUAUGUGUAUAAAUUUGAUUAAAUAAAAUCAUAUCCAC